AGCUUCGCUUUUUGUUUUUUUCUUUCUUUUAAUGACAUCUUUUAUGCUGGAAUUGUUUCCUCCUUCUUCCUCGCUUUUUUUUUUUUAAACAGGAACAAGCACUUACACAAACAACAAACACAGUGCCCGCCAGCGAGCUCGCGAGUAUUCGGCGGUGUUAACUUGUCGACGGGGGGUGUUGCUGCACUUGCAGAAACAGGAUCGGCAGUUUACAUAGUUACUGUCGCACACUCGAUACGGAGUGCGAGGAGAGAGAGAGACUUUUCCUGCAUCGUUGAAACUCAUAUUGUCGUAUUCCAACAUACAGCACCCAUUAUUAUUAUUAUUAUUAUUAUUAUUAUUAUUAUUACUAUUACAAUUGUUGUUACCGUUUUUAAACGUUCAUCGUCUCUUCGCAAAAAGAAAAGAAAACCCUACCAUUGUUUUUUCCUCAAAGCAAGUCAGGCAGGUCUCACAGCAAUUAGGAGGAGAAUGGAUGAAAAUAAAUCAUAAAUAACAUUCCAAAGCCAACUAAGAAGUAUAUAUUUCAUAACUUAGGACGUUAAAGGAACGAAAGUGAGCAAUCUCUCUCGGGUAAAAUUAAUUGUUCGCGUGUGUUUCAUGACCACGUUCGUAAACACAUAAUAAUAAAAGGAGAUAGUCGUCUAAAGGCAACCUUGCCAUCCUUGUAUGCGUGACACACAGCUCUCAACAACAAAAACAAUGCUCACCCGUCGGCAAGCACGGGUGCUCGGACUGACCACCGGCGAUGAGGCUUCGUCGACUGUCAACCACUCCGUCCAUGCUUCGACAUCUCCCGUUUGUGUAAUGGAGGCGAGCACCAGCGAUGACGCAAGAAGGCUGAACCCCGCAGCAGAUGGUGGUGUCCAUGCUACUGCUUCUGUGUCGCGCUCUCCGACCAGCAGCAUCAACAGCAUCGUUCUGCGACUCAGCGCCCCUGCGAAUGGUGGUAGCGGCAGUAGCAGUGGCAAUUACGGCAACACCCAGCUGUCCUCGACGGUCCUCUCCUCCGGCACUACGCGCGGCAACGGCGGCCACAGCGCCUUCAACGUCAAUGGACAUCUUGGCGUGCGCCAGGCGGAGGCGAUGCGCACGAGUGUGCAGGGAGCUAUUGACUUCUGGUCGGCGGCCGGCACAACCGCAGGUCCUGCCAUUCAACUCGCCACAAAGUACGGUUUCCACAAGGCGGCCGAUAAUUCCCUUUCUUCAUUGUCAUCCCAGGUAACGCAACGUGCAAACGGAGGAGCAGUAGCAACUUGGGUAGAAAGCGGCAAUGGUGGCGAGAGGAGUGGACAGGCGGCUCCCACACCGUCAUCAUCCACGACGCAGCGACCACCGCGCCUGACGACGACGCAGCUGCGUGCGCGGUGGCGUGGCGUCAUGCGGAACUGCACUACCCUGCACACGCACCCGCGAAGCAGCGCCACAUCCGCAGCGGCAGCAGCAACGGCAGCGCCAGUGUCCUCCUCCUGUCUCUCUCCACCACCUCCUCCUUCUUCUCGUGUCCACGGUGCGAGCACGAGAGACUGGCAGAAUGAUACGGCGUCGUUGUCCCGCAGCACACCGCACGUACUACGGCUCUCGCACACGGCAGAGGCAUCGUCAGCGGAGGUAGCAAAUACGCCGGAGUGCGACAACAACAGCAACGUCAUUAACAAUGACGAUCGUGACGAUAAUACGGCGUUAGGUGGUGGGGUGCUGCGCGCAGGACUUGCUGCGGUGCACGAACCAUGCGGCGCACACCGCGACAGGACCGCGUCCCCCGAGGCGUCCUCCCGGCGCAACGCCACGUUCUUCAUCUCACCAUUUCACGGCGACGUGCCGUCUCCCUCUAAAUUUUUCGUGUUGAGGAGAGGAGCUGGAACGGCUGCCUCGCCAACGCCCCACAUGUUGGUGCGGCGGCCUCUCACAGCACUUGCGUUCCGCCAGCAGACGCAGGUACAAAUGCACGCGAGGCAGCAACGACUCGUUCACGAGGUACACUACCGCGCCUACGUCAAGGUGCACGAGGCGCGGAUGCGGAUGCUCUUCGGGCUCGACGACUCAGUGAACGGAGGGGCGGCACCAAAUCGGAACGGAGGGAGAGUAGACGCAGACAAGCGUCUUUCAACGCACAGUGGACCUGCUGCCGUGGUGGAUCCUGUCGCGGCAGGCGAGGCGGCGUACCUGGACAGCCUCGACGCCAGCAAAUCGGAAGAAGAGGCGAGGGUGCUGCAGGUAAUCGCGUCCAUUGACGCGGCCUUGAAGCGGCAGCUCGCCUCCGCGUACCAGCGCAGCAUGGAUGACUGCGGUGUCUCUGCUGCGGCGUGCAGCGAACGAAAGCUCCCAGGAGAUCACACGGUGUUGUUGUCCGGCACAGCGGCAGCGCAAACACCGCUUUUGUCUUCUUCGCCCUCCUCCCCGGCGUCCUUUGCGUUGCGCCGUCCUGCCAUUGUGGAAGCGGUCAUUGCCAGCACCACACAGCGAGUCGAAGCGUUCGUGGAUCAGCUGCUCCCCUAUCAACAAGAGGGCGUGCGAUGGCUGCUUCGGCUGAAUGCGCUCGAGCACAUGAACGGCAUUUUAGCAGAUGACAUGGGUCUUGGCAAGACCGCGCAGACAGUGGUGUACCUGUCGUGCUACAAGGACAUGUUGGAGCAGGAGGUGCAGCGGCCGCUGGAGGUGCUGCAUGCGCGGCACACCCAACUCUGUCAACGUGCGCUGGGACUGGCGAUUGUCGGCACGGAGCUAGCGGUGCCGGCGUUGCCAUCGUGGUUGUCUUGGUGUGCGUCUGCCACUGUUGCUGAAGAGGUAGAAGAGGGGGGAGAUGGGCGGGGUGACAGUCGACGUGCGGAUUCUUCUGCCCAACCAAUAAACGGUGAGGCAUCUUUUGCUUCAAUCACCUCCGCCAAUGCACCGCUGACGGCGGCGCGUGCCUGUGGCCGGUCGAUUCAGCUCGUCAAGGAGGUAAAGCGGUGGUUGUGGCAGCUGGAUGAGGCAGGGGAGAGGGAUGGACAUACGACGGCGGCAGUAACACGCGCCUCCUCUCCCUUCGCCUUUUCGUCCUCGCCACUCCCCACGCGGCAACGGCAAGCACUACAAUCAUCGUGUAAUCCUUUCGAAACGUCAGAGCAGCAGCAGGUGCAACAGUGCGACACCUCCGCCACCGCUACCACGUCACCGGCGGUGAACGUCGUCGCGCUGGUUCCCAUUAAGCGGCGCCGCGGCCGCCCUUCAAAGCAUCUUUCUGCCAUGAUGACGGCUGCUGCGCUUGCGGCGGGUGGCUCGACACAGCCAACCUCGUCGGCGCGCUCCUCGCUGACCUCGUCGCCUGCGCCGCAGUCGCCGCUCAGUCUGUCGUCCAUGAUCGCCCACCAGUGCCAGCUUUCCACGUGCUCAUCAGCGCUGGAUGCCCGGCUGGAUCGGGAGUGGAGUCGCUUCCGCCCGGUGCUGAUCAUUGCGCCUCUCAGCACACUGCCGCACUGGAAUGCGGAGUUCCGCCGGUUUAGUCGACGGGGUGCGGCUGCAGGAGGAGAGAGGGGUAAGGGUGCGGCGGUGGCUCCGUCGCCACUGCAGAACUCUAGCGGAGCUCCGCUGCGCGACACGCAGGAGCGCUUUACCGCGUACGUGCUGAACGGCCCCCGCGGUGAGCGAGAGGAGCGAAUGCGUGCGUUUCUUGAGCACACCCAAGGGCUGGAGGAGCCGCCGCCGCAGUCGCCGGUCACGCCCACCACGGCUCCGCCGCAGGCGUCGAUGACCACGCCCGUUCUUGUCAUCCCGCACGAUAUGCUGACGAAGCCGCUGAGCGGGCCACUGCGGCAGAUCUCCCGCGUGCGGUGGCACGUCGUCGUGAUCGAUGAGGCGCAGCGCAUCAAGAGUGCCCAAAGCAGCCUCUUCAAGAAGGUAUGUCUGUUGGAUUCGAUAUCGCGACUGGUGCUUACCGGGACGCCGCUGCAGAACAACACGACGGAGCUGUUUUCCCUCCUGCAGUUUCUCGCCCCGCAGUCCUUCACGUCGUCCGCGGGUGCCCUGUUUGAGCAGCUCGACAGCGCGCUGAUGGCGGCGAGCCGGUCCAGCGCGCUGGAGGAUCGCGAGUUGCACCUCCUCCUCUGCCGCCGCGUGCAUCGACUUCUCAUGCCCUUUAUUCUUCGUCGCGAGAAGACGAUUCUGAAGGCGGCCCUCCCCCCUCUCCGCGACUACGCGGUGCUGUGUCCUCUUCUCCCCUUUCAGGCAGCCCAACUGGCGGAGGUGCGGCGCAAGCACGAGGAGGGUACCCUGUCCGGUAACCCGCAUAUCCAGUACCGAAAGAUUUUGCUGCACCCCUAUACGACGCAGGCGUUCUUCUACGUGGACGAGCAGGUCGUUCAGACGUCUGGCAAGUUGCUCGUCUUGGACUUCAUGAUGCGCUUCUUGCAGCGCACGCGACACAAAUUUCUCGUCUUCUGCGGCUGGACGCUGGUGCUGGAUGUGGUGGAGACGCUGUGCGGCAUGCGUGGCAUCCCAUACGUGCGCCUGGAUGGCAAGACACCAGUGGAGAAGCGCGAGGCGAACAUCGAGGGGUUUAAUCGCCCCUUCACAAAGUUGGAGGGCGAGGGAGAGGGGGAGAGUAUUAAUGGAGGUGCGCUCUCCCACCCGCACGCACGACGCACGGGUCGUCGCAACUCGAAUGGUGGGAGUUGUGCACGUACCACGGCAACCGCUGCAGCAGCGGCAGCACACGGCGGUGGCGCAGUCGCGGAAGACGACGAACACGAGCUCGCCCCUGCACCGUGCUGCUUCUUAAUCAGCAAAGUCGCCGGCGGCGUGGGGCUCAACUUGCAGGCCGCCGAUGCCGUUUUCUUGCUGGAUGUGGACUAUAACCCACAGCGGGAUGCGCAGGCCCUCUCGCGUGUGUACCGCGUCGGCCAAACCCGCGAGGUGCGCGUUUUCCGCCUCGUCAUUGACCACCCGAUCGAGCGCAACAUCGUCGCGAUUCACGAGGCGAAGGAGAACCUGGGACGUGCGGUGGUGCAGGCGGGUCGGUACGACUUGCACUCCUCCGUGCAGGAGCGGGAGGCGGCACUGCAGCAGAUCUUUCGCGCCGGCACUCUCUCGAAGCUGAGUGAGCAGCUUUCGAUGACCUCACCCACCGUAGCGACGGCGUCGGAGGCAACGGCAACGGUGGUGGCAGCAGGCGCUGCAGCGGAAGAGGACGGACCAUUUGAAGCCGUUCGUGAGAAAGACGGCGAAGACGACGAUGUGGAGGAUUGCGGAGAUGCAUCCGUAGAUGCGAGGGGGGCCGCGUCAUCCGCGUGGCGAUGCGGCGGCAGCGACAACGAAGGAGGAACUGCAGAAGAUGAAGACGCAGAAGUGGACGAGGAGGAGCAGAUGGACAUGCCCAACGACGCUGUGUCACCGACUUCGAUGCAAACACCGACGGACCUGCACCGUGUGUUUCUCAACUGCCCCAACGGUCCGCUGCCGUCUGCGUUGAAGAAACCGAAGACGGAGACGACGGAAGACGACAACCACGACAAGGCAACGGUGUCGCACACCAUCACCAAUGCGGCCGCACUCGAACAGAUCCGGCUGCAGCGGCCACAGCCACAGCCGCAGCCGCACCGCAAGCGUCGCCACAUCUCCUUCAAACUGGAAAACGACACGGAGGAGUACAGCAAGGACAGCAGUCACUCGGAGGACGGCGAGGCCGGUCUGUCCACCGACGGCGACCCUCGCAGCGGCAUCGAGUCAAAGGUAUUGGGUGCGGAGACGCCUUCCACUGCCGCACCAGGAGGUAAGCAAGACGAUGAAGCACACACACCUACUGCCGCGGUGGUGCCACCAGCAGCGCAUCUACUGGCGAUGCGAGAGCGGUUGGAGGAGGUGUUGCUGCGGCACGACGGCGAGCGGGGCGUGUUGCAGGACAUGUUUCGCACGUUGGAGGCGUCGCUGGCGGCCGCGAAGUGA